UAUCAAGCGUCAAACGUCAAACAAUAGUGAAGUGUCGUUCUUGCUUUCAAGCGCGGGCUUCGGUCGUUGAUGGGUGAGGCAGUUCACGUUUCCAAGUUAGGAAGGCGAAUCUGGUUCCCAGGUGGGCCCGUCGUUCACGGCGAUCUCUUCGGAUUUUCGGUCACCUCCGUGGUGCUGGCGAUCACCAAACCAUCCUUGUCGGUGAAACGCGCGUAACGCCCACAUUAUCCUGUCGCGCGUGGUCUUCGUCGUUUAGUAGCAGGUGGCCCAAACGUCCUGUCGUACCUCCUCUGCCUUUUGACAUGACAGCAAUCCUACCUUGACCUACCGUCGACAGCACCUGAAAAUAAGCGACGACUGUGGGGCAUCUACUUCGCAGUACACCUAGCGACAAUAGCGGCCACUUAGCAGCAGUAGGGGCAGACGGGGAACAGAUUAUUAUCUUCUGCUCUAUUCACGUAGCAGGCAGCACUAGGCGCAGCCGCAGAUGUUCUCUUCUUGGGACGGUCAGUUUGUGGCGUUCACCCACAACGAUGAUUCGAGAUGGGUGCCCGGAUUGUGUGCUCGGGAGGAGACAUCCCGGUUUUAAGGUUUCCCCCAAUCCAUCUCAGGAAGCAUUCUUGAGACGUUUUCAACGGGAAAACGGGCCCAGGAAGGAUGGUGCUCAGGAUGGACAAGGGUGAGCUCGAACGGCUGCUGCACCACGCUUCUUUCGCGAAGAUUCUGGAGCGUGAUGUGGGCACGCAUGGGAUUAUGAACCCUAAAGAUGCAGACGCAGGGAAAAAAAUUAUGAACCCUAAAGAUGCAGACGCAGGGAAAAAGAUCAUUAGAGGGAAAUUUCAGGUACUGAUACGAGAAGAAGUAGGACGAAGGAAUUUUACGUUUUGUUCUUGUUAGUGUGUGGCGAAUUGUAGACACAGCCGACGAAUUGUAGUCUCAAUGCUUCGAGUUUUUGGUUUCUCGAAAUCUCUUCUGAAAUUCCCUCACAGGACAAGCUGCAAGAGACAUUGGCUAGCUGGCUUCCGACGGCAGCGGAGUUAGCGUCAUCCGACGAUGAUUAAGGCUUCCCUGAAUUCAUCUUGAUACGUAUCUUGGAGGGGUGUUGUAAGGGGCAAUGGCUACCAAGAUAUAUCGGGAUUAUGUUGUCGGGAAGGUCUAAGAUGUGCAGCAGGAAGCGUCGCUCGAUAACGGUGGAGGGGUCCAGUCUUUGGAGGACUGGCGAGCACCCGAAUUUGGCUCUGAAUUGCAAGCGAUGGCACGUCGUCUCGGUGUCAGUUAAGGCCUCACGUAAAUCCAUCUUUGCGUCUAUCUGUGGGCCGUUUGAGUCCAUCUUUCAGUUCAUCUGUUCAUCAUUUUUUUCAAGUGGGCUGAAAGAUCCGUAUUCAUAGGCAUCUCGGAUACUGAGUCGUGUAAGCGGGAUACGGGUCCCAGAUAAAUACCUUUGAACAUGGAUAUCCGGGAGGUCUAAGAUAGGCCCGGAGCCGGGUUGAGCGACGACUACUCUUUGGAGACUCCGACGCAGAGUCCUCCUGCUCCAGUACGUUGUAGUAAGUCUCGAAAUCGUGGCGCCGACACGCCUUCGCGUCCUGUUCUUGCUGACGGACUAGAGGGGACAGCAGUUGCAGCAAGCGAAGGCAUAUUACGACAGGAAAAAGUGUACUCAGUUUUCUUUUACACCCCUGGAGUGGGUACAUUCAUUCACUCAUUCACUCAUUCUUUCACUCACUCAAUACUCAAUAUACUCAUGCUCAUGCAGCUUUCAUCUAUUUAGAAAGUGCCUCCUGUCUUGAGGAUGAGCACAAUUUUUCCUUUCAUAAGCAUUUCCAGAAGCAGGAGAGAGCGAAGAGAACGAAGACGAUGCCUCUGAUGGAGCAUUGUCAGGGACGGAAGCGAUGGGAAGUAAAGCGAAGAGUAGUAAAACGAGCACAAUCGGCAUCGAUCCCGUUCUUAUCGUGGAAGAAGUUUGGUCCCCUUCGCCUAGCAAAUCGAAUGUCGACAAUAUUAGUUCAACGGGGGGAGGGAGUCUAGCGGCAAAAGGGGAGCCGACUCCGAUGAUAGACGCUCGUGCAACAUCAACCUCGUCCAAUGCCCUAGAGACGACCACAACACCGAAAGGGCUCAACCUUCAGCCUUCAACAUUCAACAUUAAUUAAGGCUCAACCUUCAACAUUCUUGGUCAUUGAGGUUGGUUGGUCACUGAGCGAGCUCAAAGGAAGGGGGACACUUUGAGAGACCAGGGGGAGACGCGUGGGGCCCUUUUCUUUCAGAAUCAGUGACCACUGACUGCCAACCUUUAACUACAGCAAUCACAGGCUACUCCGAAGCAAUCACCACAGCAAUCACCGCAAUCCACAUCCGCGGCACCCGCAUCGCGUAGCUCGACUCUACAAGCCGCUGCUGCAGGUCCAUCUUCAAGCGGAGGCGGCAAAACUACUUACGGCUUGAUUUUCAUAUGUUACAGUUGCAGUAUCCAUCUUCUUCUUCAUCUAGUAGGAAAGUGAAAGUAUUUGGAAAGUAUUCUGAACAACAUGUUUUCCUCAAAUGAGUCGUAUCAGUAUGCUUUUUUUCUCCUGAGACUAAAAACAGAUUAAAACUUCCUUGUGAUUGCACUCUAAAAGAAGCAGCAGCAGCAGGCCUCGUCACCUGCUAGCCAGAGCGAAGUGGACCCAAAUGCGUCGCUUGAUGUGAAAGCGGCGAAGCAAGCGAAGCAGAACGCCAAGGCUGAGCAAGCACAACAACUAACGAUCGCGGACGCCAAACGGUCUGAAGAAGCGGCUAUGAAGGCAUCAAACGACCAAUACCUGGAAGAUUGCAUGGUCGGAUUCAUGAAAGUGGGUGCAGCUGGGGUGGUAUUUACAACUCUGUAGACUUAGUUACCCUUUUCUCUUUUCUAUCUUCCUCUGGUCUGUCUUUUUUCUAGUUAGGUCGGCGAUACCACAAACAUUAUGUUUGGUAGGUUUGGUAGUAGUUGUUGUAGUGCCACUUAUAAAAACAAGACUCUAAGUACUCGUCUUCGCUGGCUAUCGGUGCUGCUAAUGUUUUCAUUCUGUAGACAAGCAGGAUCAGAUACAUCAUGGUUACAACAAGGAAUUACAACACUGAUUAGAAGAGGUUCUGGUAGUGAAAAAUUUAUAAGACUUUCUGUGAAAGGCACUGCAAUCACCUCAUGCUAGGCACAUUCAUUCACUCACUCAGUAACAAGGGCCUCCUUCCCCGAGAAUUUGAAUUCUUUCACUCCAGAAGUCGAGUAAAGACGAGCAGCCGGAGAAAAAGAAGGUGUAUUCAGGCGAAAUUGAGCGGGCGAAGCUGCGGUUAGAGCAGAAACUGAGGAAGAAGAGACUUCUCGGUCAAUGGUGACAGGGUUUUGAACAAGCAAAAUCCGAUGUAGAAAGUACUUAGAAAGUUGUUUUUGCAAGAACGAAAGCGAUGCCAAGUCAUUUUUGCUACAAGGUUAAAAACACUCAUUUUAUUCAUUCUGCCAAGAAGAACUACACGGACGCUAAGAAGAACUAAGUACAACAUGGGCACCGGUCAACCUCAACACCCGUACUAAAGAUUUUGUUUUUGAUGCAGGCGUUUUUUUCAAGCGCAAGUCAUUUUCUUGUGCAUUAUGAGUUUUGACGUGGUCUAAUGGAUGUCGAGUUAUUUUUAAGAAUUCCA